CAGUUUUUUGUGAAUGGAGGCUCCACAUCGUUUUGACGCGCGCGCCCCCGCCGGCCCGUUCCGCGGGCGCUGAGCUAAAAUUAGCCUCGUGCCGGAUUUAUUUUUUAUUGCUUUUUUAAAUUUAUUUAUUUAUAAUUUUCCCGUCUGCGGGUGCGCACGUGUGGAGCAGAAUCCGAAGCUUCUGAAUGCACGCACGCAGACGCACACAGAGAGGCACGCGCCCAAUCCACGCCGCCGGUGAACAGGACAGCAGCGCUGCGCCGCCGUGCCCCGGGACGUCAUGCACCAUUUUUAGAGGCGCGCUAAAAAUAGAAUCGGUUGGUGAUGGUUUUGACGGCGGCAGAAGUGAACGCGCGGCGUCUGUUCGCUAUGAUUCUCUCAUUGGCGGCAGUUGCAGCCAUGAGUAGCGGUGGCGGCGGCAGCCUCAACUCCUCCUCUCCCCUCGAUCCCUUCGAUUCCUCCACCUCCUGGAGCCUCGGUGAGGAUCCCUCCAACUCCUCCUCGGAGCCGGUAGUUCGAACUCUGACUCCCGACCUCCAGCCGGCAACCACGGCCGUCGCCAUCCAGGAAGUCAGCCCCUGGGACAUUGCUCUCUGCGUGACCGGGACGCUCAUCUCCUGUGAGAACGCCCUGGUCAUCGCCGUGCUGUUCUACACGCCGACGCUCCGUGCUCCGAUGUUCAUCUUGAUCGGGUCGCUGGCGGUGGCGGACCUCCUGGCCGGCCUAGGCCUCAUCCUGAACUUUGUCUUCACCUAUUUGGUCGACAGCUCGGUGGAGUUUGUGACGUUGCUGUCGGUCGGACUGCUCAUCUCGGCCUUCUCGGCGUCCGUCCUCAACAUCCUCGCCAUCACGGUGGACCGGUACCUGUCGCUGUACAACGCCCUGACCUACCACACUGAACGGACUGUCACCUUCACCUACGUGAUGGUGAUCUUCAUCUGGGUGUCGUGCCUCACGCUGGGUUUGCUGCCGGCGCUCGGCUGGAACUGCUUGAGGGACGAGUCCACGUGCAGCAUCUGCCGGCCCGUCACCAAAAACAACGCCGUGGCGCUCGCUGUCACCUUCCUGCUGGUCUUUGCCCUGAUGAUGCAGCUGUACCUACAAAUCUGCAAGAUCGCCUUCCGCCACGCGCAGCAGAUCGCAGUGCAGCACCAGUUUGUGGCCAUCUCCACCACCAAAGGCGUCUCCACACUGUCGGCCAUCCUGUGUGCCUUCGGGGCGUGCUGGCUGCCGUUCGCCAUGUACUCCAUCGUGGCCGACUCCAGCUACCCCGUGAUAUACACGUACGCCACGGUGCUCCCGGCCACCUGCUGCUCUGUGAUCAACCCUAUCAUCUAUGCGUUCCGAAACCCGGACAUUCAGAAGUCGCUGUGGAUGGCCUGCUGCGGGUGCGUCCCGUCCAACCUCUCCUUAAGACCCAGGACCUCCAGUGAUGUGUAGCAGGGACGGUUGGUGUCUGUUUGGCAUGAUGCUAGACGCCGAGUCGGGGUUGAAGGAGGGCGAAGACGGGAUGGGAGCGAGAGCCGGCGAGGAGAAAGGUUGAAGGUCACGACUGAGGAAAGAGAUUUUCCUCUCCUCAUAUCAGGGUAGGAGGGCUGGCGGCGAACGCACGGCUGGCCACAGGAAACGUGGCGGACGAGGCAGAAGAGGACUGUGCAUGGUCAAAAAAAACAAAUAAAAGGUAGAGCUAACAAAGAUCAUGUGUAGCGUGGAGGACAGAGCGCCAGCGGCGUGAAACCAACUGCAAAAGCCUGACUGAAGGUACCCUUGUGGCGGUUGUGGGGACUGCAGAAGGGGGGCGUGUCCUGUGACCUCCUCCACAGUGCGAGAAGUGAGGCCUGCUUCUCGAGAGUAGCAUAAAUGUGAAGGUGAGAUUUACCAUAAAGUGUACUAAAUCUCCACAGGACCUGAGCUUGGGCAUCACUGCAUGGUUAUGCAAUCAGAAGGAGUGAAGCAGUCUUAAAAUACCGUCUGUGUUUUCACUGAUGUGUUUGAAAUUAAGUGGUUUGUGGAUAAAAAAUACAACGAGCUAAAUAUACACAAUGAAUGACCUUGCGUAUUCUCAAUGAGCUACCUUUGCAAUCGUCUCCUGAUUUAAAAAAGAAAUAUCCUUCCUUGAAUCAUUUUUAACAUCUGUGUUGACUUGAUCUGAUGCAGAUUAAGUAACUCACGAGCCUAUUUUCCCAACGCCAAAGACAGAAUAUUGCAUGAAGUGCAGCAAAAUAUGUCACGAUUCGAAGGAAAGACAACUCCUAAUUGUAUGCCAUCGGUCCUCAAACAAAAUCUAAUCUAGCUGACUCUGAAUGCACACAUCACCCCAGCGGGUUUGAGAAAAACCUAGAGAGGGAUUUCCAUUCUUAGGCGGGCAUGUGUUGUCCUUGGCGCGAUGGAAUCAAAUCUGCUCUGCGUCGGAGAAAAAUGCUUUUUUUUUUCUCGGGCUGCCGCUGCGCCGUGACUGUGGAGCAGAGAGGAGCUGAAUCCAGCUCCAAGGACAGCGGCACUGCAGAGCGCCACUACCCUGGGAAUGCUCUCUGCUGUAGGGGGGAGAGAGCGCCGGAAAGUAGGCUGCGCUGUUCUCUACACCGCCUCGACAGGGGAUGUGAGGGGUGUUAAAGGACCAUCUUCCAACCCAUUCGUUGCUAAUUGGCUGCUUUCUCGUGAUGGUUGAAGGUAUUUCUGAAUUUUUUUUGCCUUUAAGAGACAAACAAAACAACAUUAAUAUGACUAAAAUGUCCAAAAAGCUAUAUUCUUGUACAGCUAAACUGCAUUCGCAUUUGAAUUUUCAAAAGAAUGAAGCAGAAAAGGCGUCCAGCUUGAAGGUGGCUAAUUAAGUCAUCACCAGGGGUUAAGUUUCUGCACCAAAAUCUGCAACUACACAGCCAUGUUUAGGAUAAUGGUAUGUUCUGAUAGAAGCUUGGUGAUGUUUAGGUACCAAAACUGUUCAGUGAGCAUGAUUUGGGGUUAAAAUCGAACCAAUUUUUGAAGCUUUUCCUCUAUUUUCUGGGUCGCAUCACACCUAAUAAACGACUGGUUUCACCAAAAAGCAAAUAACAAACAGCUAAGAUACAUUACCAUUUAUUGGUAAUACCAAAGUUUGGGGUCACUUAGAAAUUUCCUUACUUUUGAAAGAAAAGCAUUUUUUUUCAAUGAAGAUAACAUUUUAUUAUUAGGCAAAAAAUGUUUUUUAAAUUAAAAAUGUUAUUGAAAAAUAUUCCUCUCAUAUUAUUAUAAAAAUUAUUUCAGCCCAAAACGGAAGCAUAAAAGGACAAUUUGAGCAGGAAGUCACCUUAAAAUCCCAUAUUUGCAGACAGAUAUUAAUGAAAUGAGACCAUAAAAUCAUAAAACUGCACUUAAAAUACAACAUGUUUAAUUGAUUAAGCUUGAAAUUUAUGUCAAAUAACCGGUUUAUUUGAAUUCAUGGCAUCAUGGCGUGUAGAAUCAACAAAUUUAGUAAUACUUAGAUUAUACGUCUCAUUUUGGAAUAAAAAAUAAAAUAAAAACAGUCACCAGUUCAAACUUUGACCUUUUUUUUUAAAGUCUUGCUUAAAUUACAUUAAAGACAGCUCACCAUGUGGAUUUUAUUAAUAGUGUUACUGACACUUACGCUACAGUUCAAAUGUAUGGGGUCACUUAGAAAUAUACUUAUUUUUGAAAGAAAAGCAUUUUUUUUCAGUGAAGAUAACAGUAAAUGAAUCAGAAAUCCGGUCUAGACGUUGUUAAUGCGGUAAAUGACCUGUGUUCUAAUGCUACAUUGUGUUAGCUAAUGGUGUUGAAAGGCUCAUUGAUGAUUAGAAAACCCUUGCGCAGUUAUGUUAGCACAUGAAUAAAAGUGUGAGUUUUCAUGGAAAACAUGAAAUUGCCCGGGUGACCCCAAACUUUUCAACGGUAGUGUAGGUUAAUGUUAAACAUAUUUGCAAUACAUGAAACAAAUUGGUAGAAAAAGACGUAUUUCCAUCAAAACAUGAUUGAAGAUGCAGUUAAGUUCUACAGGAAUGUACAGCUUUUAUUCUGAAAUCACUUCCAGAUCCUACUGGAAUCUGGAAGCUUUACCUCAUCGCAACUACAAAAAGAGCAUCUAAUAUCGAGACCUGCCUUCUUUCAGAACCAUCAAUCAGAACUGUCAUGUGUAACUUGGAACAACUGUCAUGUUAGUUUUGCUGGAUUCAAGAUAUUUAUUUUAAUUGAGGCAUGGAAACAGACUCCUAUCAUGCUUUGAUUGUCUUUAAACAUCUACCUGACGCCGUCUUUUCUUCAAUCCCAGCAGCAGAACUGGAAAAAACAAAUACAACAUGCGGUAAACAGUGCAUGUGUAAAACAAGCCUUCUGUGUUUAUCUGCAUUGGCAUGACUCUGUUUAGGCCACGCGGCUCUAAAUUUAGAGGCAGCACUCUGGCUCCAUUUCCCGAUUGAUUCUACAUUAGCUCAAUCUAUACCGAGUGGCUCAUUUUUCAUUGGCUACAGUAUAUUUGCAGAUGUAUUGCAUUAAUGCUAAUUUUCUGUGCUUGCACUUAGUCCCGUAGAAUACAUCACACAUUCAGGAGAGACUAAAAUCUACAAAGAGGCUGUAAAAUGCAAGUUCCUCUGGUUUGUGCUGCUCGCCUUCCUUCCAUUUUCAUUUCUCCGCUUGCAGCCUGUAGCUGGAUAUUUUCCUCGACACACACUCCCUCUUAAGAAUAUCGCCGCUGUGCCCCGUGGCUGCUCCGACGGCUCGGCGGGUUAAUGAGAAAUGAGAGUGUCGAGGUGACGCGGCGUGAAAUAGAAACGCCAGGCGAGACGGCGCUAACGCAACCCCGGGUCACGUCCACCGCAAACCCAAUCAGAACGGUGUUAUUCCCUGCUGAAAGGGCAUCGUGUAAGUUAAAUCCAGCUAAUGUUAACAACGUCUCCAUAAUAACAGUGCUGGGAAUUGGCUUAAUGUACAGAGGAUGUAGCGGUAUGGCACGAGGAUGAACUGCAGAAGCGAUUUAUUACCAACCUCCAUCUGCAUUUAAAUGAUCUGCUGAGAUAGAUUUCACUCUGAACAACCUCACAGGGAGCUACCACGGCUAAGCUGCUAGCUAAUGUACACUACCGUGCAGAAGUUUGGUGUCACUUAGAAAUGUACUAUGUAUUUUAAAUGUAUUUUUUAAAAAUGAAGAUAACAGUAAAUGAAUGAUAAAUCCAGUCUAGACAUUGUUAAUGUGGUAAAUGACUAUUCUAGCUGGAAACAGCAGAUUUUUAAUGAAAUAUCUCCAUAGGGUACAGAGGAACAUUUCCAGCAACCAUCACUCCUGUGUUCUAAUGCUACAUUGUUGUUAGCUAAUCGUGUUGUCGUCAAUGUCUUGACUCGUUUGAUAAAUAAAAGUGUGAGUUUUCAUGAAAAACAAGAAAUUGUCUGGGUGACCCCAAACUUUUGAACCGUUGUAUACAUGUGUAGGAAGUCAUCUGGCUUUGGGAAAAUAGAAACUCUAUGGGCUGUAGUUUCAAGCUAUAAGACUACAUUUAAAAAACAACAACAAAAAAACAGAGAGUUACUUCUGAAUUCAACGCUUUCUACCAAAUAAAUCACAACAGUAGACGAAACACAAUGAAACUUUGAAAAUGGCGCACAGGGGAAGCAGGUACUAAGAUCCUUUUUUUCUAUAGUGUAAAUUACAACCUAGAGUAGAGGUGUUUUCUAUUUUUCUUGGCAGGAACAAACAAUCAGUUGUCUUUGCAGCAGUUGUUAUUGUUAGCAGAACAACAGCUACACCAGUUUCUGUCAGAGAUUUUCUUUCAAAAGACAGAUCCUCUUUUUUAAUUUGUGUUUUUUUUUUGGCCUUAUUGGAACAAAAACUCCUUUGCAAUAACUGUAUUUUGCUGUGUACAAAAAGCCACAAUCGAGCAACAGAGAGAAAAAGAGAAGUGGUCGGCUUGGAGGGAUUUGCAGAAUAGCUCAAAGCAAACAUUUCAGAGCAACAAAUUGCACAUCGUACCGUAUUUAAUAUUGCCUGGCUGGGAGUUUCCAAAAUGCAUUUCAGCUGUAGUGAAUCAUGGAAGUAGGACAAAUCUAAAUAUGAAGCAAAUGCUCCAUUUCCAUUUAUAGAUGGUUUACUGCACACAGGAAUCUUGCAGUAUAAUUGAAUGUUUUCUCUCUCGCUAAAAUAAGCCUAAAUAGCACACAUUUAAUGAGUGUCUCGUUGUGGAAUUUAAAUGUAAAUUCUGAGGAUUUCGGAUCCAACAAGUUGCCGCUUCGACCACCUCUCUCGCUCUCUCUGCUGCUUAAUCACUGCAUUGAUAGAACUGCCUAAUGCUAAACCGCCUGCAUCAAUUAUUAAGUGAAAUACCUUCAAUUGCUCCGAAACAUGAGCAGGAUGGAAUUUGCUGCUUUUGGGAGGCUUCGUGAACUGUAGCACUGUGCGAGCGGGGUGAAAGUAAUCGAUCGUUGAGAGUAAAUUGGACGUAUUUCACAAUGGGAAACUGAUGCGGAUCCUAUUGGCACACAGUUCUCCUGUACGCACAAUGAUGUGUGAGACUUGCCUGGUCACGUGUUUGGAAAUGCUAGAUGGGACACGCAGAACAAUUAGAGGUUAAAAUCACAUCCGGUACAGUUCAGUGCAAAACAGUUCCUUUAGACGUCAGAUCUACACUUUGAUGUAAGUUAAAAUGUGAUUUAACCACUGUUAGCAUCAUGAAGUAGAACUGGAUCACAAAGAAGUACGAUUUUGUAGUUUGUUUAAGCCUUUGAAUGUGCCACAUAGUGACGAAUUACAUGGAAAAAUGUCAGAAAUUUAGUCGUAAUUUUUACAGUGAGCUUUUGAUUGUUUGAAAAGGUGUUGACUCCAGUUAAAGGGUGGGAAAGGAGGUGAAGUUUGACACUGGAAUGCUGCCUUCAAAUGGUGUUGACUGUGGUCCAAAUUAACAGACACCUCCUGAGUAGAAAUUUUCUAAAAGCUUCCUGUUUGCAAGAUAUUUGCUGGUAUUUACAAAAAUAAAAAAGCCUUGGAAGUUUGCAUAUCAUGUUGUAAUCACAAUCCCCAAAAGAUCCAUUUGAAGACGUGAAAUUGGUCAUCUAACAGGCGGCCAAAGAAUCCAAAAUGGAGGAAGUUAGCAUAGCCUUUUUACUUUGCAUUUUCCACUCUUCAACCCUAUUCUGUUGGAGUAUAAACUUCUUUACAGUGAAAGAAGAAUUCACAGAAAAUUCUGAAAAACAAGUCAAAUGCACAAAUAAGCUUUGACAAAUUUGUGUUAACUCAUAGUCAGAGUAUUUACCGAGCUAAUAACCGGCUAAUCCACCUCAAAAAAUCUUUACUGAGCAGAAUUAUGCUCAAUUCAGACCAGAAAACAACAAAUAAAGCAAACAACUCAGUAAACAGGAAACAGAAAGAAACUUUCUAAACUAUCGUGAUCAAGUAGCAUUAGCAUGUUGCUAGCUGGCUAGCAUGUGGAAGAGACAGCAGUUCACACCCAAAAAGUCAUGUUUUCAUUAAGCAAGUUUGAAGUAAAUCUUUCAAAUGUCAUAAAAUUAGGCUCAUUUCCUAGAGCAGCUUUGGAGCUAAUACACUUCGCUGCACAGUGUGGUCAGAAGGUGGCGCUAUAAAAGCUCAGACCAGAGGAAAGAAGUGACAUGUCUUUAGGGAAUUCUACUUAAUGUGAAAAGAUGUCAGUAUUUUUGUCAUCUCAGCUGAUAUCGGGUGUUCAAAAAAGGUCUUUCCAUAACCCAAGUUUUUUUUUUUUGCAAAUCAAAAAUCAUCUGAAACUGGCAGAAAAAAAACGAAUUUAGCUAUUUUCAUGAACUUUAUCUGAUGCCAGACUUGAAAUUGCACAUAGAUACACAUUAUGUUUGGUGACUUCUGAAGCCUGUUUUGGACAAAAACAUUCAAGCUAAAUGAGAAAUAAAAGGAUCUCAGCUGAUUUCCAGCCAGUAGAAAUGUCAGCUUCGUGGCAUUUUAACAGAAUAAACAAACUCAAAAUGGUUAUUUGAUCCAAUUCUGCAGGAAAACCCAAAAAGGGAAACAAACAAACAAAUCAGCUUGCUAAAUAAAACUGACUGUUGAGCUGAUGUGAAUUUUACACAUUUGUCCCAUCUGGCAUGUCCAUCAAGUGGUUGUUUAACAAUUAAUAACACUCAUCUGUGAAUACGCCACUACUCAGUCAACCAUUCCUGGGCAGGAGUGGAGUGACCAUUCACUGUGUGUGUGUGUGAGUAAAUGAUUGUGUGUGUUCUCCACCCGGGAUCAUAGCCAAUUGUAAUGAACCAUAACUCAACCCAACUCUCACUGUAAACACAAACACACGCCGAAUGGUUUCGUCAGCCGCUAUACAGGACUAUAAUUCAACUUUAAAGAAAAAAAACAAACAAAAAAAGAAAAAGAGAAACUACCGUUACAAGUGAGUGUGUGUGUGUGUGUUAUUUUUCUUAUGCAACGCUGUACAGAAAUGUAUAUUUUUGUAAUGUUCAUCAGGGGCAUGAGUUACAGGAACGUGGGUCGCUGCUGUGAGUCUGUUGUGAGCGUGAGUGGGGUUUCUUCCUCUUCUUCUGUGUUCUUCCUGGAAACAAAAGUUUAUUGUGUCGGGACAUGCUAAAAAAGUGCCAUACUUCUUUGACUUUCUAGUGUCUUAUUUUCUUUGUGUACAUACACGUUUAUCGGAGGGCGGCGUCUUCAGAGUCCGAAUCAGUGAAUCUGUAUACAAAAAUAAAAGCUAGCAACGAGAUAAAGACAGGAAAAAAAACGGACUGUGAUGUUAUUGAUCACUACACUGAGCAAACAUAAAAAAACCCCAACUAAUCGCCACUUGAGAGCUAAAAUGUCUGCAGAGACGGAGGUGGCACGUGAGCAGCGUUGUACGUCAGAGUUAGAUUUCCAGUGACGUCAUUUUGUCUGAGUCGUGUCUAAAAGAGAAGCAGGUCGUUUCAAAGACAUCCCCUCCUCUCCUCCUCUUCCUCGCUUUUUCCCUCCUCAUCAUCAUUUCAAACACAUCUCCUGUCCUCUUCGCAGUUUCAAACAUUCCCCCUUCUCCUUCUCCAUUUCCCCCCUCCUUCAGCAUCAUUCUCCCGCUUCUUCGCAUCAUUAGUUGGUCGUUUUCUAUCCUCGACACCUUCAUCUCUUUUUGAUCUCCUCUGUCUCCGUCUAAAAAUCUCGCUAUCGUCAGCCUGCAGCAGCUCGUGGGUCAGAUGCAGUCUAAAAAUAGUUCAACUGAAAGCAGAUUAAAAAAGAAAAGGAGAUAAAUAUAUAAAAAUUGUUCUUUUUCUUUUUCAUCUGUCCCUGUUAAGUUUCAUUUUGCCUUCAUGUCCUUUGCUCAUCCUUUUCUAUUUUUAUACCAUCUCCUCUUCUUUCUUUUUUUGUUGCUAUUUGUGAGCACAAGCAUUUACAUCAAGUGUUGUUUUUUUUUUUAAAAGCAGGGUUUGGGGCGAGUGCCUACAUCAAAUAAGUUAGUCAGGCGAGGUUUCCCCUCUGUGACUUACAAGCAAGCAGAGAUUGUCAAUCAAAAAAGAAAACAAAAACUAAACCAUUACAGAGCUAAUUUUCUAUCGGACCGAGUAUGGCCUUCAUAGAAAAACAUUGUUUUAUGCAUUGAUAUCGUCGGAUGAGAAGCAGCACGUGUGCACGAGCAUCACUUGUUUUAAACUCCUCGAGGAGAGGGUGUUGUUGGGUAACGAUACUGUGAUGUCCUGAUACAGUGUCCUUGAAUCAUGUUUUGUUUACUUUAUUUUCAUUAUUACUACUGUGCUUUCUCUUUGAUUUCCUCCUCUGAAGUUUGUGUCGUGAAACGAUCGAUUAAAAAGUACAAAAUGCACUUUAUAAGAUGGACAUGUUACACAUUGCACUUGUAAAUGUCGAAUGUAAAACCUUGAAGAGAAAGAUUUAUUUUUACUAUUGUAAAUAAAUGAGAAGAAGAAAAAAAGACUGCAAAAUCAAAAAAGUGGGAGAAUAAUUUGCCAAAUAAAUCGAGAACAACAAAAGAACAAA